GACUUCGAGUUGGUUAUUGGCAACUGGGACACAGGUGACCUGGCCGACACCACACCGACGAACGGCACCGUGUUGGUUCUCAAGUAUGGCAAGGUGUGGUUGAAAUGCUGCAACCUGAACAUGGUCACCUGCGUAUCAGCCGGACGACUCUGUAGCCGCGAUAAGAGUCUCAUUGUAGCUUUAUGUGCCGACUCCCACUGCUACCUCUUUGAUGCCACCAAAAAAUCCUUCAUAGAGAACGGGGCAAAAUCGGAUGAACCAGGUCUCAUGCGUCCUUCUUAUCAUCAGAAACUCGCCUUUAACGCGAAAGACGUGAGGAUAGUUGAUGGCGGUUAG